AUGGCAGCCAUUUUCAAGAUCCUUUGCUUGUCUCUCUUUCUUGGUCUAUUGAGCGCAGGCACUGCAAAUGCUCAAGGAUGCUCUCUAUCAAGUCUGAUCAUAUUGCAGACUCCAACAGGGGCAAAGGUACAAUCCAAGCCGGAGUUCAAACUCACCAUCUUUAACGAUUGCACUUGCACUCAGACCCAGGUCAAGCUAUCCUGCUCCGGCUUCCAAAGUGUUGAAAAGAUUAAUCCCGCCGUCCUGUCUCAAAAUGGCGGCGGCUCUUGCCUCGUUAAUGGUGGCCAACCGAUCUAUUAUGGUGUUACACACGGCAAUUUCAGUUUCAAUUAUGCAGCCGAUAAUCAGUACCCCUUUAAACCUAUUGGCAGUCAAAUAUCCUGCUCUUAG